CCUGCGCAGUCCCGAGCCCGGCGGAACCCGGACCUGGCGGGGAGAUCUGUACGGGGCCGUAGACCCCCGCGGCUGUCGCCUCUGCCCAGCCUUGGGAUCGGCCAUGGCCUUCGUAUCGUCCGAUGCUCUUGUGACUGACUUGGACUCGAGAUUUUAAGAACUCCCUGCUGUCCCCCAUCCUAGUUGCGAAGGCUGUAGCCGCCUUGGCUCCCGUGGGUUUAACUGCUGUUUUCGCUUGGCUCCGUCCAACUUUGGAGUUACCAUGGAUCAAAGUGGUAUGGAGAUUCCUGUGACCCUCGUCAUUAAAGCACCGAAUCAGAAAUACAGUGACCAGACUAUUAGCUGCUUCUUGAACUGGACAGUGGGAAAACUAAAAAUGCAUCUGUCUAACGUGUACCCUAGCAAACCUUUGACAAAGGAUCAGAGGUUGGUGUAUUCGGGCAGACUGCUUCCCGAUCAUCUGCAGCUGAAAGACAUUCUCAGAAAACAAGAUGAGUAUCAUAUGGUUCAUCUAGUAUGUACUUCUCGGACUCCUCCCAGUUCUCCAAAAUCUUGCACCAGUAGAGAAAAUCAUGAAGCAUUGGCACCCAGCAGCAAUUCUAAUUCUGAUCAUUCAGGAUCAACAACUCCAUCUUCCAGUCAAGAAACCUUGUCUAUAGGUGCCAGUUCUUCCUCUGAAGGAUUAAGGCAGCGCACUAUUCCACCAGCACAAACUGACCCUGCACAAAGUCAUCAGUUCCCAUAUGUCAUGCAAGGAAACAUAGACAACCAGUUUCCCGGGCAAGCAGUUCCGGCUGGGUUCCCAGUUUAUCCUGCCUUCAACCCCCUGCAGAUGCUCUGGUGGCAACAGAUGUAUGCUCACCAGUAUUACAUGCAAUAUCAAGCUGCAGUUUCAGCUCAGGCCACAUCAAAUGCCAACCCAGUCCAGCCUGGUGUUCCACAGCCUCUACAUAUGGCACAUGUUCCUGGAGAAGAACCCCAACCAGCUCCAAACCUAAUGGCUCAAGAAAACCAGCCCAUGAAUGAUAAUGUACAAAUGAAUGCCCAAGGAGGCCCAGUGCUAAACGAAGAAGACUUCAAUCGAGACUGGCUGGACUGGAUGUACACGUUCUCUCGAGCUGCAAUUCUCCUUAGCAUUGUAUACUUCUAUUCUUCUUUCAGUAGGUUUAUCAUGGUAAUGGGAGCCAUGCUACUGGUUUAUCUGCACCAAGCUGGAUGGUUUCCUUUUAGGCAAGAAGGAGGUCAGCAACAGGCUCCCAAUAAUAAUGCUGAAAUGAACAAUGAUGGGCAAAAUGCAAACAAUCUAGAGCUAGAAGAAAUGGAGCGUCUUAUGGAUGAUGGGCUUGAAGAUGAGAGUGGGGAAGAUGCAGGUGAAGAUGCCAGUGCAGUUCAAAGGCCUGGACUGAUGGCUUCAGCGUGGUCUUUCAUCACCACCUUCUUCACUUCUCUCAUACCAGAAGGGCCUCCCCAGGUUGCCAAUUAG